AUGUGGAGAGUUACCUACACGGUCGGAGUAAUUGUUCCCCUUGUCGCAGUCAUAAUAUACGAUUUCUUGAUCCGCGGCAUUCCCUCGCCCGUCAAUCCAGCUCAGGCACACAAAGCACUACUGGGGGUUGUGCCAGCCAGUAACUAUACUCAACCACAAGGCAGUAAUGGGAUUGACAUUAUCUUUGUGCACGGGCUUGGCUCCAACCCGGCUACGACAUGGCAGGCGCGAAGAGUGACCGACUCAGGCGAAGAAGAUGUGACUUGGGUCAGUGAUCUUCUGCCGGAUGACCUGCGUCACCUAGAGGAUGGCGAUAUCCGUCUUUACUUCUUCAACUUCGAGUCAUUUUGGAAACGAGACGCGGUGCAAGUCAGGCUCGCAACCAUCGGAAAUGAUUUUCUGGAGCACAUGGCAAAUAGUAUACGUCGAUCACAAGAAGAUCUCAAUCGCAAUUUCAUAUUCGUUGGGUAUAGCUACGGAGGUUUGGUCAUCAAGGAGGCUCUCACCCUUGCUCGUGGAAAUCCAAAUUUUGAGUAUGUCUCCCAGCAUACAAAGGCAAUCGUCUUUCUGGGGACUCCUCAUCGUGGAUCUACGUUCAGCACUUGGGGUCGUCGAAUGGCUCGUCUACUUCGAUUGAUCGGAUCAAACCCUUCUAUCCUUGGGGAGAUAGAGUACGACUCUACCAUGCUUCUGGAUUUACAUACAAGCUUCGAGGCCAGUAUAGACGAAAAAAUUCAGAUCGUCAACGUCUUCGAGCAGCGACCAACUCUAUUAUUCAGUUUAUGGUUCUUUCGAUGGAGAGAGUUUUGUGUUCGUGAACAAUCUGCCAAGUUUGGAGGAGGUAGGGUACGGAACAUUGGCCUUCCCGUGGAUCAUCGCGGUUUAAACAAAUUUUCCUCUCGCAAUAGCAACUAUCAGAUGGUUUUAUCCAUUCUGUCAAACGCCAUAUCUUCCGAACCUCGACAAACUCGACGUAGUCAGGGCACAAAGGAUGAGUUUCAAAUUACGCUUCAGUUGCCGGUGCUACGCAACAAUCGAUUCAGCGGUCGAACACAUCUUCUGCAGCAGGUCCAUCGCUACUUCAAGGAUGAAUGCCCCGAUUCCCAGCAAUGCAUCUUUGCUCUGCACGGGCCGGGGGGAAUAGGCAAGACGCAAAUCGCUAUCGAAUAUGCAUAUAGCUAUAAGAAUAACUACUCGGCAGUGUUCUGGAUUGAUGGGGCCAGUGAAUCAGCUAUCCGCCGGAGUCUUACCCAUGCGGCAGAACAGGUCUUGCAGCACUUCCGAAAUACCCAUACAAAUGAUACAGAAUACAAAAGUUUUGAGGCACAAUUGGUGGGUGAUGUGAGUUCUAGCGUCGCGAAAUUCUCAACUGCUGUCGGCGGGAUCAUGAAUUGGCUGGCGAAGCAGCAGAAUGAUGAAUGGUUGCUAAUAUUUGACAAUGUCGAUGAUUUGGAUUCAUUUGACGUUCGCAAUUAUUUCCCCCGGGUUUCCUUUGGUAGCAUCCUCAUCACAAGUAGGCGAAAAGAUAUUUCCGGCUACUGGAGAAGCACUGAGGUUGAAGAAAUGAGUGAAGACGAGGGCAGGUCUCUUUUUGCCACAAAUUGUGGCUUCAAUGGAAAAAUCGACGAUCGUGUUAUCCACGAAUUGCUUGAAUUAUUGGGGUAUUUUCCUCUUGCCAUAGAGCAGGCUAGCGCCUAUAUAUCUGCUCAGCAAAAGUUUCUUCCAGAACAACCAGAGCAAUUUACGCGAGCCAUCCAAAAAUACAUCGAGCAAUAUCACGUCAAUGCAGAAAGGCUCCUCGCCCAUAGGCGACCUCAAUCUAUGUGGGACUAUCGUAACGACACAAUACUCACUACAUGGGAGGUGUCUCUUCAGAGGGUCGAGGAGGAAAAGCCAGAAGCCGCUGAUCUUCUUUUUCUUUCCGGUUUCUUGUCGAAUAAUGACAUAUUCGAAGAGAUGUUGUCAGAUGAUACACGGUUUCAAACGCACAAGGAAUCUAUUCAUCACUUACUUCUCUUACUCUCAUCCUUCUCUUUGGUUCGCUUUUCAUCCUCAAUGGAUGCUAUUACUAUUCAUCCAUUGAUCCACUAUUGGAUUCGGCAGCGGCUGCCUCUACAGAGAAAGCAGGAACUUUCAGACAGGGCCCUCCGACUUCUUGCUCGUACACUACGAUUGCGAAAACGAGAGGGUCGUUUGCAUGAUGAUUAUGAAUACCGGCUCGUACCACACGUCCAUGCAGCUCUCGAGAAUGCCCGGACAUACCUUUCCAAAGCCACGCCGUCGGCAUCAGCGAACCCCCAGAAUCCACCAGAACAUCAGUCAUUGCCUCGAGUCAUAUCCCUAAUCUAUGAAACACCACAGUGGUGGUACCUCUGGCUUAUGGGUCAAUUACAGGAGGCAUGUUUGUCAUUUAAAUCUCUGCAUCGCGAAGAUGAACAAUUGGAAGGUGAUCCGUGGUUCCUCGCUUACAAACUGACCAUUGCUGUGAGAAAUUAUAAUCUCCCGGUCGCGGAAAAGUUCUUUCGAUGGGAACUGUCGGAGGCAUAUAUACGGCUUCAUCCAAUGCACCCCAGGUCUCUGACUAUUGCAGGAGAUCUAGCUUGGGUGUUGUAUAGACUGCAACGCUUCGAAGAAUCGCGGAGAUGGUACAAAUGGCUCUUGACAGCUCGGCAGCGUGUUUUGGGCCGUGGAAAUUACGCUACAAUGGUUGCUUUUAUGGGGUUAGCCGCUCUCUAUGAAGUAGAAAGAAAUUUCGACAAGGCUCUUGAGUUGAAACUUACUGCGUAUGAAGGGCGACUGGCUACGUUGGGCAGGGGGAAUAUGUUGACACAGAAUGCCGCUAAGUGGGUUGCAGACCAUUAUUUGCACCUGCAAAAAUACGAUGAAGCAGAUCAAUGGUAUUCACUUGCUUUUGAGGGAAGAAAUCAUACUUUAGGACCUGAUCAUGAAGAUACCCUGCAGUUGGCUCAUAAUAUUGGUCUUACAUAUGAAUUCCAAUCCCAGUUUGACGAAGCUCUAGAAUGGUACUCUCUUGCUUUUGAGGGAAGAAAUCAUACUUUAGGACCUGAUCAUGAAGAUACUCUAUAUUCCGCUCAUAAUAUUGGUAACACAUAUUAUAAGCAGGCCCAAUUUGACAAAGCCCUGGAGUGGUAUUCUAUUGCUUAUACAGGAAGAAAUCAUACUUUAGGACCUGAUCAUGAAAAUACCCUGCAGUCUGCUUAUGAUAUUGGUCUUACAUAUGAAUUUCAAUCCCAAUUUGAUAAAGCCCUGGAGUGGUUUUUCAUUGCCUAUAAGGGACAAAAUUAUACUCUUGGGCCGAAUCACGAAGAUACUCUAUGGACUGUUUAUAAUAUUGGUAUUGUAUAUGAAAAGCAAUACCAAUUCAAUAAGGCACUGGAAUAUUACACUAUUGCUUUUAAGGUCUUUAAUGAUACAUUAGGACCUGGUCAUGAAGAUACACUGACGACUGCUCAUAGAAUGGAAGUCGUGCGCAGGUCUCAGGAGCAAGCCACCGCAAAUGUUAUCAAGGAAACUCAGACCAACCAUAUCACGGCUUUACCUCAGCGGGAACCUCUAGAAGACUAA